UUAGAAAUCCAAGAUGGCGGAUGACACAGAAAUGGUGAGCGUUGCUCCUUCAAAUUUGGAAACAAACCCUUCCUCUACGAUAGAAAAAGAACCAGAAGUCUCCACAAACAUAUUUGGUUUGGAUUUCAUACCUUUGGGCGAUGGAGAAAGUGCUGGAAACGAUGAUAAUCCGAGUGAAAGUCAAGUUAGAGGUUCAGAAUUGCAAGAAAAGUUAAUUGAAAGCAAAGCUAAUGCAUCAAAUGUGAACGAAGAAGGAAUUAAAAAAGAGCCUGUUACUAUGGAUACAAUUGUGAAAGGAGCUAUUUCAGAGGAAGUAGAAGGAAUCAACAGUCAGAAGCAAGAACAAGGUGAAAAAGAUGUACCAGAGGUUGACAUGGAGCAACCAGGGCCCUCGGAAGAGCAUGAUGAUGAUGAUGAUAAUGAUGGUGAUGAUGACCAUGAUGGUGAUGAUGACGAAGAUGGCGAUGAUUAUGAUGAGGAUGGUGAAGACGAUGAUGAUGAGGAGGAGGAUGGGGAAGAAUCCAAGCAAAAAGAUGAGGAAAUUGAUCCCUAUUCCUACACAAGAAGAGAUAAUGAGUUCACUUCUGAGAUCUUCAAAAUAGAAAUUGGAAAUCUUCCCAGGAAAUAUGGCUUCAAGCAAUUCAAGAAGUUGAUAACAUCAAGGUUAAGCAUCAAGCCUGUUAAAAUCAAAGCAAUCCCAAGAGCAACCCACGCAUUUGUGACUUUCAGAAAUGAAGCAGAAAGAAUGAAAGCACUGACAUCUCUGCGUGGCACAAGAUGGAAGGGUAAACGACUGGUUACCAAGUUGGCCAAAGCUUUACCCGACCCUGUUGCAGCUCAAAGGGCAGAAGGCAUGGCCAGGAAGAGAUUUAUAGAAGAGGCAGCACAGUCUAAUGAAGAUGCUAAAAGGACUAAAGUAGCUAAAACUGAGGAGGAAAAAAAAUCUAUAAUGGAGAGACUUAAUCAGUCAGUGACUCCAUUAUGGGACCAACCUUACCCAGUUCAGAUACAAAUAAAGGCUAAGAGCAUGGUGGAUGUAUUGAAGAAGCUGACAAAACAGUUAAAAAACGUCAUGGAGUUCAAGGGGUCUUGGGUUGAACAGGAAAGCCAAUCUAGAGGAGGACUAUGCUGUGAGCUUCUUCCUUGCAUUGAAUCACCUGUAGUUGAUGGUUACCGCAAUAAAUGUGAAUUUACCAUUGCCGAAGGUCCUGAUGGAGACAAAACAGUUGGUUUCAGAGUAGGAUCAUACAGAGAUGGAUAUAGUGGAGUCGUUGAACCAUCAGAGUGUAUUCACAUAUCCGAAAUAGCCAAGAAAGUUGCCGCACUCUUUCAGGGUUACAUCAGAAGAUCUUCCCUAGCUGUUUACGAUCUUUGCUUCCACACUGGUCACUGGCAGACUUUAACAGUCCGUUCAACCCAGUAUGGCGAGUCCAUGGUUGUCGUCCAGUUUAACCCACAGUCCAUGACAAAGGAAGCAGUGGAUAAAGAAGUGAAUUCCAUUAAAGAGUUCUUUACCGAAGGAGAAGGCAAAGAUUGCAACCUGACGUCUCUGUAUGCUCAAGUUAAUCACACAAGAGCUGUUGGAGGAAAUGCUGAGGCACCCCUUACUUUACUUUUUGGUGAACCGUGUAUUUAUGAAAUGCUGUGUGAUGUGAAAUUCAGAAUCUCUCCCAAUGCAUUCUUUCAAGUUAACACCAAGGCAGCUGAAAUGAUGUUCUAUAAAAUCAAAGAAUGGAUGGGUGACUGUGAAAAUGCUACCUUAUUAGAUGUCUGCUGUGGCACAGGGUCUAUCGGUUUAAGUCUUGCAAAGCACGUGGCGAGGGUCAUUGGUGUUGAAAUCAUCGCGAAUGCUGUAGAAGACGCAAGACAGAACGCCGAGUUAAACGGAAUCACAAACGCCAGGUUUGUUUGUGGAAAAGCAGAGGAUGUGAUCGUCGAUCAAGUGUUCAGAAAACUGCCUCGAAAGCUUCCGGUUAUCGGCAUCGUGGACCCUCCUCGCGCGGGAUUACAUUCCACCGUAAUUCAAGCCAUAAGGAAAUGCCAGAAGAUGGAUAAACUGAUCUACGUCUCAUGCAACCCAAAUUCUGCCUUUUCAAACUUAUUAGAUCUGUGCCGUCCAACAUCCAAGAGAAUCCGUUCCUGGCCAUUCCGUCUGGUAAAGGCUAUCCCAGUGGAUCUGUUCCCGCACACCAAACACUGUGAGCUGGUGAUGUUCUUCCAGCGCGAUUCAACGCCAGUAGAUGCUGCCAAGUACUACAAGUUCUUUUACUAAACAAUGCACUGGGGUAAACCCUUACAGCCGUGCAAAAAUACCCCCUUAUCUUCCCAUGCUCUCARUUGGCUUCCGAAUUCAAGGACUGCGAUUGGCUGAUGUGCAUAUUCGUGGUUUUUGAUUGGCUCAAAGGGGAACCCAUUUAAGAUUCAGAUUAAGUUACGCUUCUCUCUCUURUGUAAAGUAACUGCUUUAAAUUCUGAUCAAAAUCUCGUAGAUUAGUUAAAGAAUUUAGAUACCAAAAAGCACAAGCUCUAAUUUUAAGCUAUUCGUACGUAUGUCUCAAUCUUCGAAGAUAAAUUAUCCACAAUAAUGUCAACAAAAAAWUUUUUUUCCAGGUACAUGCUAACAUAAACCAAAGGCGCUGUUAGAAGGUGGUUGUGUUGGCUGAAUCUGGUCUAGAAAAGGCGGUGGGAACGAGUUCUUUCCUUAUUUCGUACUGCGCGUGCUCGACGAAAUKAUUAUUUUCGUCUAGCAUGCGCAGUAAGAUAAGGGCUCUCGGUACAAGAUUGACUUCUUCCUCAAGACAAACGCAUAACGACGGUUUUCGUUCUUGCACCUGGCCCUCUUUACUUUAUGGUGGGAUAACCGUGGUGCUGAGAAAGAGUCUUGUUUUGUGUCCCCAGGGUACCCAAGAGCAGGCCCAAGGACUAUGGAUACCCUACUUUGUUGUUAUGUAAAGAGAAACCUUAAUAACAACAGCAAGCACUGAGGUUAUUCUACCAUCAUGUAACGAGGACCUACUGUAUAAACUUGAAGCACAACCAGUGCUAAGUUGACUCUCUUCCCUACCCCUACCCCCUUGGGAGGGAAGAGUAACCAAAGGCUGUACAUAAUGGUUAGUUAAACUUAGGCUUUAAUUAUUGUAAUGAACUCUCAUCGCGUAAAAUAAGUUUCAGAUACUGUAGCAUCUGGAUGUUCUUUUUAYCUUCAAUUUUUAAAUGAAAAUUGACAAAAACAGUU